UCUAACCAUGGUCUCCUCUGCCUUUUGUCUAUAUCUGCUGCUGGCUGCUGUCUCUUAUGUCCACUGUGUUGAACUGACCCAGACUGACUCUAUUGUAUUAAAGCCUGGUGAGGUUUUGACUCUGUCCUGUAAAAUCUCUGGAUAUUCAGUCACUGAUGGCAGCUACUGGACCCACUGGAUACGACAGGCUGCAGGAAAAGCUCUGGAAUGGAUUGGGCAGAUUGGUGCCAAUGGCUACACAAAUUAUAAUGAUAAACUGAAUAGUAGAUUUAUAUUGACCAAACACACUUCCAGCAACACGGAGACUCUGAGUGGACAGAAUAUGCAGACUGAGGACACAGCUGUGUAUUACUGCGCCAGAGAGAGAUACCACAGAGAUACAAAACACAAGCAGCUCUGUUCAAAAACAGAAAGUGUAAAUGGUCAGAGUCUGGAGUCCAUCCCUUCAAGUUCUGUGACUAAAAAGCCUGGAGAAACUUUGAAUCUCUCUUGUAAAGGAUCUGGAUUUGAUUUUGGACAGUAUGGCAUGCACUGGAUCAGACAGCCUGCAGGGAAAGCACUGGACUGGAUUGGGGUUAUCUGGUAUGAUGCCAGUAAAACAGUGUAUGCAAAAAGUGUUGAGGGACGAAUAGAGAUCACCAGAGACAACUCAAACAACAUGGUGUAUCUUAAACUCUCUGGUCUGAAAACUGAAGAUUCAGCUGUUUAUUACUGUGCAAGAUACACACAAUGA